AUGGUGCAGCCGGGAGAUGACCUGGGUGAAAUUAUCCGCGCUGCAUUAAGCGCGGCAAACGUCACCCUUGUGGACGGAGAUAUCGUUUGCCUGGCGCAAAAAAUUGUUUCUAAAGCUGAAGGCCAGCUGGUGGCCCUCGCCGACGUUACACCGUCUGAAGAAGCGGUUGAGCUGGCAGAAAAAACCCUCAAAGACCCACGCAUGGUUGAGCUCAUCCUGCGCGAAAGCAGCGAGGUGAUGCGGCACAAGCCCGGCGUGCUCAUCAUGCGACACAAGCUCGGUUUGGUCGGUGCCCAUGCGGGCAUUGAUCAGUCGAAUGUUGAUCACAGCGAAGGUGAACAGGCAUUGCUGUUACCCAAAGAUCCGGAUGCAAGCGCACAGCGCCUGCGUGAAGACUUAGCUGCCAACAACAGUGUUCAGGUGGGCGUGGUGAUUACAGACAGCCAGAAUCGUCCCUGGCGCAUGGGUACAACCGGUGUUGCUAUCGGUUGUGCGGGCUUCACCGUGUUGGAAGAUUACCGCGGUGGCAACGACGUUUACGGACGCGAACUUAAAGUCACCCUUAUUAAUCGGGCAGACGCCAUUGCCGGCGCCGCAACGCUGGUCAUGGGUGAAACCACUGAAAAGAUCCCGCUUGCCAUCGUGCGGGGGGCAGAGCGCAGCCAUCAUCAAUCGACCGAUAGAAGAAGAUCUCUUUCGCUAAUGAGUAAAAUCCUCGCCAUUACCGGCGGCGUUGGCGGCGCUAAACUGGCGCUGGGGCUGAGCAAGGUGCUCAGUCCUGAAGAGCUGGUUUUUGCGGUAAAUACCGGUGAUGACUUCGAACACCUGGGUUUGCACAUCUCUCCGGAUAUCGACAGCCUGACAUACGCUCUGGCUGAAGAGAACAACACCGAACUUGGCUGGGGUCGCGCAGGCGAGACCUGGCAGUUCAUCGAAACCCUUGGGCAGCUCGGCGGUGAAGACUGGUUCCGCCUGGGUGACAAAGACCUUGCGCUGCACAUGCAACGCACCCAACUGCUGCGCUCGGGCUCAACGUUGACCGAGGCAACGGCACAGAUCACCCGGGCUUUUGGCAUAAUGCAUACCAUCGCCCCUAUGACUGACGAUCAUGUGCGCACAAUUGUGCACAGCGAUCAGGGUGCACUGGCUUUUCAGCACUAUUUUGUGCGGGAGCAAUGCCGACCCGCGGUUUCCGGCUUUGAGUUUGCAGGUAUUGAGUCUGCACACUUAAACCCGAUUAUUACGGAAACACUGAAAGACUGCCGUGGCGUGAUCAUCUGCCCCAGCAAUCCUUAUGUGUCUGUGGAUCCGUUACUGUCGCUACCCGGCAUGCGUGAUGCCUUGCAGAACAUUCCUGUUAUUGCGGUUUCACCCAUCGUUGGCGGCAUGGCCAUCAAGGGUCCCGCUGCAAAAAUGAUGCAGGAAUUGAAUGUACCCGCAAGCGCGCCCGCCGUUGCCGGGCACUACGGCUACUUGUUGGACGGGUUUGUCAUGGACCUUACCGAUGCCGACCAGAGCGGUGAGAUCGCCGUGCACACGCGGGUCACUGAAACAAUCAUGAAUUCGCUGCAACGGCGCAUCGAACUCGCCCGCUUUUGUGUUGAGUUCCUGCACGCGCUUUAA